AUGGAUCUUGUAGACGAAUCCACCACCUGUUGUUACAGCCCGAAGCUUCCUGAGAACACUUAUCAAAGGGUUCAACCCAGCCUUGAAACACUAGUUGAGUUUCUUCAUGCUUUCACCGCAUCUGAACCAUAUCUUGGGUUGAGAUACAUAGAAGAGACUGAAAUUUCACGACUCUUCGAAGAUGUGGUUAUGAAGGGGAUGUCGGACCAUGUCAAUAGUUCGAUCGUGUACUCGGCCCUUUCUAUCGGAUGUUUGAUCUCGAUGAGGCGAUCCGGAGUGUCACAAGAGGCAGAAUCGCACAUGAGAUGCUUGUAUAGCAACGCAAUGGUGCACAUCGAGAAAUUGCACAUGUGCCCUUCAAGAGCUCUGAGCUUCAAGCCUGCCAUUCUGACUGAACUAUAUAGGCAAUUACUACACUUCUGGUCUUUCCAUACUUCCAACGUAUUCGGCGAGAUGACAGACCCCGCCAAGAAAUCAAUCGCACCUUAUAGCGUGGUCGGAAAGACGGCCAUUAUCACAGGGGCUGGCUCAGGUAUCAACUUUUCCUUUGCUGAGCUGCUCCUUGAGCGUGGCUGCAAUGUCGUCAUUGCUGACCUGGCUCUUCGGCCGGAGGCGGAGCAGCUCGUUUCGAGCUACCAAGACAAGUCGAACGCCAGGCCACGCGCAGUCUUCGUCAAGACCGAUGUGACCUCAUGGCCGGCACUGUCCAACAUGUUCAAGGUCGCCAUCGAGGAAUUUGGGAGCUUCGACAUCUUCUGUCCCGGAGCGGGUGUCUAUGAGCCGCACUGGUCCAACUUCUGGCACCCUCCUGGGUCAUCCGAGAGCAAGGAUAGUGUAGAAGGCGGAAAAUAUGCUCUGCUUGAUAUCAAUAUCACCCAUCCCAUCCGUUCUACGCAGCUGGCCAUCUCGUACUGGCUUCAUCCCAAGGAGGCCACGAACGCCGCCUUGCCACCUUCUAUCAAAGCUUCGCCCGAGAACCCAAAGCGCAUAGUUCACAUCUCAUCAGUGGCUGGACAGGUUGCAAACAUCAAUGCUCCUCUCUAUGCAGCCUCCAAAUUCGCUAUCACUGGGUUCGUCCGCAGUCUCGCUCGCUUGGAAGGGACAAACGGGAUCCGCGUCAACGCUGUUGCACCGGGCGUCGUACAGACACCGCUCUGGACUGAGCAUCCGGAGAAGCUGGUUAAUCUGGACGAAGCGCAGGAUGGUUGGGUCACCCCACGAGAAGUUGCUGAGGCAAUGCUACGAUGCGUCGAGGAAGAGGCUCUUGUCGGAGGAUCAAUUCUGGAAGUUGGCAAAGAUAACACGCGCUUGGUCGAAGCUUUCAACGCGCCGGGUCCAGACCCCGACCCAAAGAGGGGCCUUGUUGCCAGAAACGGGUCAAAGGGAACGGACAUGGUCUUUUCUUGGUUGAGGGAUGCCGCCAAAUGGGCUGUUGGCAGAGAUUGA